AUGCCAGCUCUCAAUUCAGCCUCGCUCUUACAGACUCUCGUUGAUCGAAGCACUUUCUCAGCAUCAAAUCAGUCUGCGAACGCCACUAGUGACCCUUUGGAAGUUGUCUGCGCCUGGCCGGUAUCUGGUCAAUAUGGGCCAGGCACAAGAUUUUUAUAUUAUGUUCUUGUAGCAGCCUGUGUUUUUGCUCGAAAAGCAGUAUGGCUCAGGAACGCGUGCUUGGCGGCUGCGUUGCUUUUUCCUGCUGUGGCUGCCAUCCAUGGUAUCGUGCUCGCAACACUGCACGUUAAUGGUGCUGUAGACAUGGAUGUCUUCGGAGCAUUUCAACUGUGCUCGAUUGGCAUCUUGGCCGCUCCACUGACGGUCCGGCUAUCUCGGACCUACUUCUUCGAUCCGGGCCGUAAUACCAUCUUCUUGUGGACCGGCCUUGUUCUUGCUGGUCUACUAAGCCUAACUGUCGAAUUCUACCGUAUUAAUCCGUCCGAUUGCCAUGACGAACAAGGCAACCCGCUCUCUCGUAAGAACUUUUCCUACGACCAGACCACCUGUGGCCUCAAUUGUUCUGUUGAGCACGGUCCGCGCUCUCCCAUGCGAGAUGGUUCGGCAAACAACAUUUACGUGAUCCCCGCGCCAGACAAGCUCACUUUCAACACCGCCAUGCUUCUCGCAGCUGCAUGCUGUAUCCCCGCGAUUCUCUCACUGGCUUUCAUGUUUAAUAAGAUCCUCGAGAUGAACUGGAGGAAACUCCAUCGCGACGAUGGUGAAGAUGAGCGAAUUGACGAGCCGAUUGAGGGCACGAACGGUGCCACUAUCGGGAAGAUGAAGGGGGUCAACAGCACGAUCAGGAUGCUGCUGGGCGUCGUGGAGAUACCUUUAUUCAGUGGCGCAGUACUUGCUAUUCUCGCAAUAGGCGAGAACAAUUUCUUUAGUAAACAGGUCAGGUUUCAGACUGAACCCAUCGCUAGCAUCGGCCAAUGGGCUCCCAUUGCUGGCACAGUAUUAGCGGUUGCUGGUUCGGCUAUGUCCUUGCUGACAACAAAUGUUGAGGUUGUGAAUGAGGACGAAUCCAAGACAAGAUCUCCCAUGGAGCAGGGCGCUCGAAGUCCCAGCUUAAUAUCUGAACUGGUACCCACAACUAGCAAUCGACCUCUGACCGAGGUAGGGAACACCCGACGCAAAAUUUCUCGAACGUUAACCGCCAUCGGGAGCAAAUUGAGCACCGCAGCGCACGACGACGUGGGCGAGUUUAAGCGCAACGAAGCGCGAAACUAUCCAGAAACUCCUGGAGAGCAGUGGAAAAAUCCCCAGCUAGCUCAGAUUAGGCAGUCUUAUAACCCUCCUCGAGAUGCAGAUGGAAAUGUGACGCCUGAGCUUCGAGGAGUGAGAUCCAGAGCGAGUAGCUUCCACAGUAACGCCCCGUCCAGUCUGGAUAUCGAACGCAUUGAAACAGCAGCCUCCCCUAGACCAGCAGCACGGCGGGACACACUCGAAGUUCCAGCACCGACCCAUCGCAGAAGUCGGUCGAGUCUCCGUGAUGUUAACCAUUUCAUGGGAUAG